AUGUUCAUGUCGCUCCUCACAGCCGACGCUGCUGCCCAACAUGGUCACGAAUUCUCCCCUACACGGGACCUGAGUCCCGGUGCGAAUCCCUACUUCUAUUUACCACAAUCCCUUAGUACCCUACCGGCCGCGGGACUCCGCGGCCUGUCGUAUAGGAACGGUCCGCGGUCGAGUAACCUUAAGCCGACAAUAAGGUCCAGGUCACAGUCAGUUGUGAAGACCCCGAAGACUAUAUCGUUUGCAGACGAACUACCUCUACCCAUUGAGGUUCGGAUUGCAGCACAGCAGGAAGGGGACGAUGACGUACGAAACCAGUCACCAUCAUUGAGCAGCGUCGAAACCCCCGUUCAAUCAAGAGCAAGUCCAGGGAACGUUGCGGAUGCCUCCUCGAACAAUAGCAUAAAGUCGUCACGGAAAGGCGGUUCGGAAUGCCGUCCCAAACAAACCCUCAAUUUCGCCCACCCUCCGCCAUUGGGAUCCAAGUACCAAAGGCUCCAUAUCAAGCCUCGCCUCCUCCUCCAGCUGCAAGAGAUCGCCAUGAGCGGACGCCCCGAGCCAGCUUUCGAAGUAGUCCCAUCCUCCCGCCUCCCGUUACGCCUCGCCCGGAAGCUCGCCCGUCUGCAUCACCAUUUCAACACGGCACUUGGGCCAGAUGACAUGGUCGUCUUUCGGGCUGAUGGGCUGCUGGCCCACCAUGACGAAGAUAACUGGGAUGCCCGCGAACCACUUGGCCUCAUCCGUAUAUCAUCCGAUGGAUAUGCGGACGUUUGCUUGAACGACGGGUCAAUAUGGCGCGCUUCGCCACGCAAUCGUGGGAGGUAUGAUUUUACCUACAUUGACGAGCAUGGCGUCCCACGGACGGUACGAUGGAUCUCAAGACCGGUGCGCAGAAACCAUGCUCGAUCCAGCAGUCCGCUUGCAGGUGGUUUGCCCGUCACCGAGGAGCAAAAGUUCAUUUUCAGUUCCAUUAUGCCGGACUCAAGGCGUCAUCCAAUCAUUGCCACAAUGACGCCCACGGGCAUGGAUAUCUUCUCACAGUACAAAGUGCCCGGCUCGCGAGCUCGACAACACGAUAAAAUGCCAUUGGAAACGGAGCGCGUGUGCGCAGAUCAACGCUCAUUUAUGGAGCGUACUGCAACUCCAGAGUCAUUCCCAAUCGAGACCGACGAUCUAUUGCGUAAGCUUAUCCUCGUUUCAGGAAUCUGGGUAUGUUUCCAGGAAGAGUGGGCAACAGGGACGCCUUUUCCGUCCGCUUCAACUCAGACUCGGGGAAGGAAACCAACGCGGACGUUUUCAACUCCCGUGCCAGCGAACCCUUCCGCCGCGGAUCCGCAACCUGUCGAAUCCAAUACUGUGGCUGUAUCGCCAGUGCUUCGACAUGAUCCAGAGCAUUCUCGCCCGCCGCUUUGUCUCCAACUACACCAUCGUUCCAAAACAAGCAGUAUCCCCGUUUCCGAGCUCAUCUCUCCAACCCGGGCCUCCUCACCCCGCUCCAUAUCUUUGUCUGUUCCUCCCAGCAAUCGGGUUGCCUCUUCCCCAUUCCGCUCCACACAUCGCCACUCAUACAUGAAUCCCACGACACCCAUCUCCAGACCCGUUUCCCCAACAAAAACCACGACUACAACCUACAUCGCUUCCGAUCGACCCCAUCCUCUUACCACACCGACCCAUCAUACCUCCAGCAUCAACCCCUUCCACCGCCUCUCGAGCGUCCUCCCCCAUCGACGACACUCCGUCUCCGCGCCCAAUUCCUCGACCAAGACCCCACAGCCUGCACUACAGGCCAUCUCGCCGACAUCAAAGCUGGAGUAUGAAUCGCCCGAUCAGAGCAAGGCUACGGUUGCCGGGGUAUUCAGACCCCAAGCGAGGGCGGUUUCGAUGAUCCAGGGGACGGGGGAGGUCGGCAGGCCGUGGGAGGGCUGGCAGGGUGGAGAGACUGGCAUACCCAUCGGGAAUGGCGUGAGCUAUGAUGAGGGACCAGGGUUCGAGACGGAUCGGGAGGGGGAGAAGAAGAAGCGGUGGGGGAGGUUGAGGAGGGUGAUGGGCUUUGGGAAGCUGAGAAAGGGGAAGAAGGAUGAGUGA